UAUUGUUGGUACCCCUCUAAUGCGCCAUUGACAAAACGCUUGGUGGCUAAUCGAUGUUCCUGUGUCUUCGAUGUCUUCGUAGUCUUCGUUUUCUUGAUCGAGUUUUGUAAAGCCUACUUUUGUCGUCGAGGUUACGUUUCAGGCUUGAUUUGUGUUUUAUUGUUGCUUGUGUUGGGAAAAGAUCCGUUUUGGAAUGGAAAAUCGUUUAGAAUUAGAAAAGCGUGGCAAAAAGCCCGUAGAAAUUAUUGAGCUUAUUUUGGAUAAUACUCGAAGUACUUCAAUAGUUGGUCUAACAGAUGAAUACGUCAAUCUUCAAAUCCUAUCCCUUAUCAAUGUUGGCCUUACAUCCCUCAAAGGAUUCCCCAAACUACCCAAUCUGAGGAAGCUAGAGCUAAGUGACAACAGGAUAUCCAAUGGCUUGAAUCUCUUAGAAACCAGUCCUAAAUUGACCUAUCUCAACCUGAGCGGAAACAAAAUCAAAGACUUGGAUACUUUAGAACCUUUGAAGAGUUUGAGGUAUCUGAAAAACUUGGAUCUCUUCAAUAAUGAGGCUACUUCUACCGAUAAUUACAGGGAGAAAGUAUUUAAGAUGAUACCAAGCUUGAAAUAUUUGGAUGGUUUUGAUGAACAAGAUGCUGAAGCUGAAGAAGACAGUGAUAUUGACGAGGAAGUCAAUGGAAACGAAGAUGACAGCGAAGAAGAAGAAGAAGGAUCUUCUGAAUCUGGAGAGGACAUGGAUGACGUAGGGUUAGGAGCAGUAUACUCUGAAAACCUCGAUGAACUGUCAGAUGAAGGGGAUUAUGAGGCAGUUGAAGAAGAAGAGGAUGAAGAUGGUAUUGAGGAAGAAGAAGAUGAGGACGCUGCUGAGGAAGAGGCUCAGCGGGCUGAAGUCUCAAGGGGUAAAAAGAGAAAGCAUGAAGGCGACGAUGAAAACUAAAAAUCCAGAUUGCGUACAUCAUCAACUUGUAGUGAUAUGAACAUUUUUAUUAUCGACCAAUGAAGUGUCUCCAAUUCGGCGAGAAGAGACUUUUUCAGUGAGUCAUCACCCCUGGCUGUGGUUUCAUAUUAAAAAAAGUUCAAUAGUCGGUUGGUAUCGACACUCUAAUUCUAAAUUAAUGUCCAAAAAGUAUUCCACAUGCAAUUAUAAAUUGAAAGGGCUAUUUUCCAAGGAAUAGGUUACAAUGGAAAAAUAAGACUGACGGUUUCUAGAGUAUUAUGGGAAACAUUCAAGGCAGGUUUUAUUGUAUUUUACUUUUUUUUUGACUAGAUUUUGGAGUGUAAUGAAAUGGUUUUAGUUGAACCAUGUGCUUGCUAGAAAACAAUUGAGAAAAAAGUUUCAAUUAGGAAAUUCAGAUAUUGGAAUCAUUCUCAUCAAGUAAUCACACUUUGAGGUACCGUAAAGUACAUGGGUUGGUGUCAAUUCCCACUAGCAAUACUUUCUCUCUUUUAGUCAUCCAAAGGCAGAGCCUUCAAGGAUGGGGGAAUUUUGAACUACUUUUUUAUAUAAACCGAAACGUGCAAUCUUAUUUAAAAAACACUUUUUUGUAGAGGAGUCUAAACUUUCUUGAACUCUUACAGCUUUCAAACCUUCCCCAGUCUAAAAAAUAAAUAUAAUAGAGGAACAUAAUAGAGGAACUGGGCAACUGUAAUCAAGGGCAAAUUGAAAAAUUUCAUAUCAUCCGCUUCUUGAGAGAAUUCCAAUCAGUAAUUUGAGGUCAUUCACUUUUUUCCUAUCAAAUAAGAUGAGAUUGAUUUAAAAAAUUAAUUGUUGUAAUGGUUAGCUCUUUUCUGAAAAGGGAUGAUGUUUCAUCUUGAUUGAUGGACAAAAAUUUAUAAAAUGAAUAAUUACAUAUUGGACUUUUUCAUGGCCAACUUUUCAACUCAAUUACACUUGCACACAUUCUCUGUUCUGGAUUUAUUUUAUUUGAAAUUAUGGAAGGUUGGAAACAAAGAAGGAUUCACGAAACAUGCACAAACUCUUCGACACAAAAUUUUGUUUCAUAUUUCCAUGUUACAUUUUCCUUGGCCAUAGCUCACCAAGAAAUCAAUUCUAAGAUGUUGUUUUCGUAGUGAAGUAACAGCCAGAAGUUGUUAAAAAAGUGAAAGUCAAUGGUAUAGUUAUAUUUUGUACAUCCAUUAAUAUCUAAUGUCUAGUAAUUUUAAGGGUGUUAACAUACAUAUGAAGUAAGUUACUGUUUUUUAUUGAAUUGUGUUAUAUCCUGAAUUUUCUCAAAUUAAAUAUCUUCCCAUGGA